AAGCGGUGAGGUUACAUCAACUUUAUUAAGUUCCAUAAAAAAGUAAUCUUCUGAAGUUAAGGUUAUUCCAAUGAAUUUUGACUUAUUUUAAUGUAAAAUAAUUUAUUUUUUGGUUUUUAUAAAUGCUGUAUUUUGCUACAACACUCUUACCAGGACAAAAAACAGAGUGAUAAAGCUAUGUUUAAAAUGCCUGUGUUAACAGAUAAAAUGCCUUUGGUUGAAUAAAGGGUAAAAAAAAAAAGUGUCGUCAGAGUUAUGAGAUUUUGUUUUCUCUGUUCUCAACAUGUCCAGCAGGGGGGCAGCAGCUCGUUCAUCCCGGUGGUGCGGUGCAGCACUCAAAUUAUUCCGUGUUAUUGCUUGGCGUCUGUAAACAUGAUUUUAACAUCGUCUCCUGGCGUCCUGAACACGCUUGUCAACACGGUUUAACACGGUCUUCGUGCCAGAGUCUUUUUUUAUUUAUAUCCGGGGAAGUCAUGCUUCUUGUCCGGACGGCGGUUCUCGGCGGUGGGGCUCUGCGCUGCCGUCCUGUCGGUUGCAGAAGCGCCGCUUCAUACGUGCAGGGCCAGAGCCCCGACCCCCGCAUCCGAGAGUACUUUUACUACGUGGACCAUCAAGGACAACUCUUCCUCGAUGACACUAAAGUUAAAAAUUUUGUCACCUGUUUCAAAGAUAAACAGUUCCUAGUCUUCUUCUUCAGCCGGCUGAGGUCAAACCAGAGCGGGCGUUAUGAGAAGGACUUCCCCUUCCUGUCUAUGUGCGGCAGGGAGAGGAACUUCCUGCGCUGCGACGACCGGCCCAUGGUUUUCACACACCUGCUGCAAAGCUCUGGAGGCCCGCGGGGACUUGGAGGAGAUCAGGAGCUGCUGUCCUUCUGCGGCGGAGGGGAGAAGCUUGCCGUCCCGUUCCGCCCGGAGGCGCUGUAUAUGCAUCCCACCAGCGGGCGGGUCUAUCACCCCUGCCUGGAGCGGGUGGGGGGAGUCGGGCUGGUUAGGUCCGCUUUGGCCAUCGAACUCAGUCCGUUCUUUGUUUACCCGCCAGAGACCAGCCAGUCUGGACAGCCUUCACACUUUCUGUGGGGAGGAGAGAAGCACACGCUGACCAAUGAGCUGGCAGCUUUUUUUCCUGUUGCAGAAGAGGGCAGCGAGGAGCGGCAGCUGGAAUGAUGUCACUUCACGGAGUAAAAACCACUUUAACCAUCAGUCUCCAUCAUAGAAAAAAUGAUACCAUAAUCCAACUGGGAGUCUUUGAAUCCCCAUCAGAACAAACCUAAUUUUACUUAAAAAAAAUUGAUGGACAUUAUAGAAGAACUUAUAAAAUAUAAAUGGUUUAUGGAUAUUUAUUUGAAAUAAAUAAAUAAAUAAAAGCACCACAGUCUCCUUAAAUGCGGACUAAAUCUCAGAAAUAUUUCUUUUCUGAUUUAUUUGGCCAGUCAUGACAAAGUUCUAACAUUUCUGUUGGUGUGCAGAUCAAAACUGCAAAACUGUCAUAGCAACACUUUCAGUCUUAACCAGAUUAAUUUUUCUCAGCAGACCUUAACUCCAAAAUAAAGGCACAGACACAAUUUUAUUUUUAAUUAAAAUACCUAAAGAAAAAAAUAUACUUUUGACAUAAAUGGAAUAAAAAACAAGACUUACAAACCUUAAAGAUUUGAAAUUUAAUUAUUGUUAUUUAUUUCCUCUGUUAGUAGAAGAUUCUACAAUUAUUGAAAAGUAUAUAUUUUAAGUUUUCCUUUAAGACUCACUCUGAUCAUCUUUUGAUCUAAUAAUAAUAAAUUUUAUUUAGAAUGCGCUUUACAUUUUAGAUAAAAUCUCAAAGCGCUGCAAUGGAGGCAGGAAUAAAAAUGGUUUACAAUAAGA